AGAUGAAAAUGAAAUAAUGGAAAAUGAAAAUAAAUCAUGUUCGUGGUAAUCAUGUCGAUCAUGAAGGAUCGUAAAUAAGUGAAAAAUAAUACUAUUUACCGGAAUUGAUUCAUAAUUAUACCAUUCUAACAGUGAACCUCACAUGUUACUCAUUAUUUGGCCGGUUUACAACUUGAGCAAAGAAUUAUAGCUUACAAGAAUGUCUGGUUGGGAAGAUCUAAGAAAACAAGCUAGAAAGCUAGAAAAUGAAAUCGAUCUGAAAUUAGUGUCGUUCAGUAAACUUGGAACCAGCUUUACUCCCGCUGUAUAUCGAAAUGAGAAUUCAGAUACAGAACCCUUACUAUCCAGCGAGGAUAUGCUCAGCAAUAUGGCCCAAGAGAUAGAGCAAUUACUAUCGAAAUUAACGAGUAUCAACGAUAAAUUGACCGAGUACAGCGAUAAUAACGAACAUGUAGGCAGCUCUGCUAUGAGGCACGUUUUACAAAGGCAUCACGAUAUUCUACAAGAUUAUACGCAAGAAUUUCGCAAAACAUCAGCGAAUUUGAAAGCUCGUAAAGAACGAGAGGAUUUGUUGCACAGUGUGCGAAAAGAUAUAGAUUCCUACAAAAAUACAUCCGGUUUAAAUCGAAGAAUGGAUUUAUAUAUGAGAGAAAACGAACAUAUACGCAACUCUGAUAGAAUUGUCUCAGAUCAAAUAAACAUAGCUAUGGAAACCAGAGAGCAUUUAGUUUCUCAAAGACAUCAUUUUAAAAGGAUACAAACCCGUAUACACGACUUAUCUAGUAGAUUUCCUAUGAUUAAUAAUUUAAUGCAGAAGAUACACUUCAGAAAGAAACGAGACUCUGUUAUUGUCGGCUUGGUGGCAGCUGUUUGUGUAUUCUUCAUAUUAUUAUACACUUUCCAUUAAUUUAUCAUUUUGGAUUGUUUGGGUAACUCGUAAAUGUUUAACAAAACGCCGAUGGUGCUGUUAUGUUCGUCAGUUUGGUGGAAGUUGCGUUACGUUACCAAUAGCAGGCGAAUUUAUCGCAGUAUAUUUUGUGCGAUUGGUGUUUGUGAUUUUGUCAAGUUAAAAAAGCAUUCGUUCGUUUAUAUAAAAAAAAAGGUGGAGAAAAAACAACUCUAACAACGUAUUUUUAUUGCGAUUAAAAUUGAGGAUCAUUUUUUUUUUUUCAAUUUAGAAAAUAAAUAGGUAUAUUGGUAUAAAUAAAUAAAUACAGAGAAACAUUAUAAAAAAUUCACACGAUAAACAAAAGAAGAAAAAAAAACAUUGCAUAUAACUUAUUCGUCUUCCUUAACAGCGCGAAAACUCCUCGAAAUGUACUUUUUUACACUUAUUUUUCGUUUUUAAGACCGUAUUCACAAUGUAGGGUAAUUACAUAUUCAAAUGUGAUAAAUAUAUAAUAUGUUUACUUUUAACGCCAUUAUGUUACGAUUAAUAUUUAGCAUUUUGUGAUUUUCAUAUCACCAUAUACAAUAUGUACGUAGAAAAAUAAAUAAAAACUUGGGCGUAUUCGUUA